CCGACGCCCGGGAUCCCGGGUCCCAGGUCUCACCUCUCCGCGGGCUCCGGCGAUGGGCCCCGCCGUUCGCCACGGGCUGAGGUCGCCUCCGCCGCCUCCUCCCCCGUCCCCAUCACCGCUGUUGCUGCUGCUGCCGCUGCUGCCGCUGUGGCUGGGCCUGGCGGGGCCCGGGGCCGCGGCGGACGGCAGCGAGCCGGCGGCCCGGCCGGGGCGGGGCGGAGCCCGCGCGGUGCGGGUGGACGUGAGGCUGCCGCGACAGGACCUGGUCCUGGAGGGCAUCAGGAUCGGGUCCGAGGCUGACCCGGAGGCCCCGCUGGGCGGCCGCCUGCUGCUGAUGGACGUUGUGGACGCCGAGCCCGAGGUGCCGGGGGAAGACUGGAUCGCAGUGGCUUAUGUGGGCCAGGAGCAGGCGGCUCCGUUCCACCAGGAGAGCCAGGGCAGUGGCCCGCAAGCCUAUCCCAAGGCCCUGGUCCAGCAGAUGCGUCGCGCUCUCCUCCUGGGAGCCUCUGCCCUGCUUCUCCUCAUCCUGAACCACAACGUGGUGCGAGAGCUGGACAUAUCCCAGCUUCUGCUCAGGCCCGUGAUUGUGCUCCAUUAUUCUUCCAAUGUCACCAGGCUGUUGGAGGCACUGUUGAAGAGGACCCAGGCCACUGCCGAGAUCACUAGUGGAGAGUCCCUGUCAGCAAAUAUCGAGUGGAAGCUGACCCUGUGGACCACUUGUGGCCUCUCCAAAGAUGGCUACGGAGGCUGGCAGGACUUGGUUUGCCUGGGAGGCAGUCGUGCUCAGGAACAGAAGCCCUUGCAGCAGCUGUGGAACGCCAUCCUGCUGGUGGCCAUGCUCCUGUGCACAGGCCUCGUGGUCCAGGCUCAGCGGCAGGCAUCAAGGCAGAACCAGCAAGAGCCGGGAAGCCAGGUGGACCUGUUCAAGCGCCGCGUGGUGCAGAGACUGGCGUCCCUCAAGACGCGGCGCUGCCGUCUGAGCAGGGCAGCACAGGGCCUCGCGGAGCCCGGCACUGAGACCUGCGCUGUGUGCCUGGACUAUUUUUGCAAUAAGCAGUGGCUCCGGGUACUGCCCUGUAAGCAUGAAUUCCACCGAGACUGCGUGGACCCCUGGCUCAUGCUGCAGCAGACCUGCCCAUUGUGCAAGUUCAAUGUGCUGGGGAACCACUACUCUGAGGACUAGCUGGCGUGUGUGGAUGGAUCCCGCCCAGCUGCGCCCUGGCCCUCAGCCUGGGCUCCUGGGAAGCGAUGGUGGGAUGGACAAGACAGCCGGCCCUGUGGAUGGAGGAAGGAUGCCAUUCCAUUGUGCCCUAGAGGGGAAGGAGGGAUUCACUGGAGAACACCCAGCUGGACCUACCAGGCAAGGAAGGGAGGUCACUCCUGGGCCUUUCUUGUCAUCCUUUCUCUGUGUCUGCCCUCCAUCCAGGCAGUGACCAGGACCAUGGGGAUGGAGAUUGUGGGCUCAUCACCUGUCCCCAGAGAGCUGGCCACUCUCAGGGCAUCCUGGCUUAUUUAUUGAGUGGGAAAGGGGGGAGGUGUGAGGAAAAAUCAGUCUCACCUGAGGCCCCUGGGCCUCACCUUCAUGAUACAGCUUGGCCAGGGCUGUAAGGUCACACUGAGACGCUGCUGCCCCUUGCCCUCAGGCCUUGGGUACUGGGAGCCAUGGGUCUGGCUGCCUGUCCAGCUGGCUCCCUUCCUAGGCCUGGCUGGGACCAGAGGCCUUAGAAUCUGCCCAGUCCUGACUUUGGUGGGCUCUGUGUUGCUGAUCAGGAUACUUGAAGCCACAGGAAGAAUGUGGUGUAUCUUCUAAGGGCAUCCACUGUUUGAUUGUUUUUAAAAUUGGGUAGGGAAAUUUUAAUAGCAAAAAUAAA